GACAGCUUAUACAUAAAGCUGGCUAGUGAAACACAAUUUCUAUGAUUUUGGUCUAAUGGUAAAAGCACAAAAAGUAACUGUUGGGUUAAGUGUAUGUCAUGGGUUCAAAUCCCGGAUAAAGGUAGGGGGUUUUGGUCUAGUGGUAAGAAUGCACAUGUGGGUGUUGAUGUGUAGGUUAGAUGCAUGUGAAUGUGCAUGUGGGGGGCUAAUAUCCAUCUAUUUCAGAGUCCCUUGGGAUUUUUCGGUCAUAAAAAGAAGAGGAUGGCUUUACAUCAUUGUAGGUUCGACAUGUAAAAUUAUGAUCUGGAUUCCUCUUCGAGAUUGUUAUGUUCUACCUGAGUGUUCUAAGUUCAGAACUCAUUAUACCUUUUUCUUUUUCUUUCUCCUAUGUGUCAUCAAAGGAACUGGGAUAAAUUUGAGGAUUCGUACAGAACCAUGCUAUUUACAAGUGGUGACCAUUGUUGGAACGGACCAGAUAGAAGUUUAAAGGUCAAAUUAAGGUGUGGUUUGAAAAACGAGGUAACUGAUAUCGAUGAACCAAGCCGAUGCGAAUAUUUAGCGUUUUUGGCUACACCGGCACUUUGUCUGGAAGAAAAGCUGAAGGAACUACAAAAUAAACUAGAGACGAUGAAUAGAGAGCAACCACAAGGCCAUGAUGAACUGUGACCACUCCGGUUAGGCCUGCUUGGGAAUGCCACCAUUGACCUCAAUGGACACAAAAACUGGCGAUUGAUCUAUUCGCGUAUUUUUUCAAGAAGAGUAAUUAACUUCUUUAUAUUUUGCUCCGGAACUCACUUGUUGUAGUUGCCAAUUUUUUCUAAAUACGAACAUUGCUUCCAACAAGCUUAUCGGAGAUGGAUAGCUUGGAGGCUGUUCGAGUAUUUUGGAUGAGCAAAGCCAGUAUUAGGAAACUACUAUCCCUUUUAAGAACUUACAUUUUCGACUUCAUUUAGACUUACAAUACUAUGUUAACUUGGCUUAGCGAUGAUCCAUCGAGGCCAUAGCUGGUACAAUACUAUGAUACUUGGUUUAGCGAUGAUCCAUCGAGGCCAUAACUGGUGCUCAGAUUUUAGAAAUGAGAACGAUAGCUUACGGAGUUAUGGAUUUUGUAAUGAGGAAAAUUUAUCAUUGUUGUACCAAUUGCCAUUUUAAUUCA